AUGGGUAAAGAAAAUUUUAAAAAGCUUUAUAAACGUAUUAAAGAUGAAUUAGGAAAUAUCACUUGCAAAAUUUCAGGCUUUAGUGAUGAAUUUGACGAAGAUAAUAAUUAUGCUGGUAUGAUUGUCUAUGCGAUUGAUGGAGAAUUUACAUGGGAGAAUACAGGCGGCUUAGCAUCAGGAUAUAGAGGAAAAAGCUUUUAUAUCAUCAUACAAUGUACUGAUAACUGGCCACUAGAAGUCCUUCGCGAUGUCGGGAAUGGUCGUGUUCAUCACUACCUUAUUAAAAAUACAUUUGGAUUUGAUUACGAUCAAGACGUUAUUUGUUGUGGAGGAUUUUCAUUUCAUGAAAAACAAUUAAAACAUAGUAGUAUUUGGUUAAAUGGAAGAGGCCAAAUUGGUUGCGAAAGUGAUGGAUCAAAGUACCUAAGUCGUCCUGAAAAAACUUUAGUAAAAUAUUGUUUCAGACAAUAUAAGAAACAUGGCGUACAUAGUGGACCAGAUUUAAAUUGGGAUUGGAGUGAUAGAUUUU